CUAAAUACACUAGCUAACCAUCAACGGAAUUCAACAAAAAAAAGCACAAAAGCAAGAAAUCAAAGAAAAAAAGAGAAGGAAGAAGAUGAAAACAACGGGUGCAGUCACAGUCUUCCAACUGGUGAUAUAUUUAUGGCUCAUUGCGAUAACAGCAUCUAGUGUUGUUGCUGGUGAAAAGGAAGCAGUGCUUGAUACUAACGGGCAUCCACUAUUUGCCCAUGCUCCGUAUUUAGUCAAGAUCCAGAGUCCGAAUGGAACAGCAUGGAUUUCCAAGUACCCAAUCAAUACAGCUGAUCUCACAUCAUGCCCACAAAGAGUGGUAUCUAUGUCUGAUGAAAUUGUAGGCAUAUAUAUACCAAUUGAAUUCAUAUUAUCAUCAGAUGAGGAUGUGGUACGUGUAUCAACAGAGCUUAACAUCAGGUUCCCAUGGGCCGAUGAGUGCGAAGAGUCUGGGAUUUGGAGAGUGGCCGAUAGCUCAUUGCCAGUCAAAGAAGUAGUCAUGUCUGGAUCGGAUUCAAGCAAUGACAGCACCUUCAGCAUCCAGAAAUCUGACAACGGAACUUACAAGUUUGCUUUCGGAAGUGCUGACAAACCAAAGGAUAUUGGUUUAGAUGUUAUAGGUCAUGGUCUAUGGAGGUUGAUAUUGUCCAAUAACUCUGGCUUUGCCAUUUCUUUCGUCCCAGCGUUUUAAUGUUCCGCCUCUAGUUUACCAACUACUCCUAUAUGUUCUUUUCCUGUCUUUUCACGUAUUUGUUAACUUCAAAGUUCAAAUUCAGUAAAUAUGUAGUUUUUCUUUUUCUUUUGAUGUCUUGUUUCAUUAAAAAUGAAUUAUAACUAAU